UUACUUUAAUGCAGGGAACCACAUUAUUUUUUCCUACAGCAAAGUCGGUGGAAAGAAUUUGCAAACAUGCCCUUAGCAAAUUGAAAUCUAGUUGUGGCUAAAUGUGUUAAUGCACUACCUAUUCCUUAUACUGGGUAUACAUAUAAAUAUGACAGUUAUCAUCAAUCAAAUUUUACCAUUGGGAAGACAUUAUCUUGACAUACAUUUCAAAAAUACAGCUUCUUUAUUUUGGUGGAGCAACUGAUUAUCUUAUAUUUUUCUAUGCAACAACGGAUCAAUAUUGUAAUUAAAAGUUGUAGUUUAUAAGGAAUAGUCAUAAAUGGUGGAUACGUAAUUGGAUUGUUAGCAUGAUGAAUUGCGAACUUCCUAUUGAUGCUAAUAUUGUCGAAGAGUUUCUUCAUAUUUAAUCUUUUGCAUAAUAUGUAGUGUUCUACUUGAACAUUAGGAUUUAAAGUUAACAUUUUGCAAAAAAUCAGAUACAUCCAAAUGCUGGCAGACAUUUCAAUUGUGCAACAAGUAAUAUAACAUCCCUGCUGCAAAAUAUGUCCUCCUUGCUUUAAGAAACGAGCUGCACUUCAACUGGUCAGAUGUGAUUGUUACGGUCCACCAAUCAGAACCUGAGAUGGGACUGGAUCUGCACAGCCCCCCUACAAUACUCAGCCGCCAUUGAACAAAAUCAGACGCCGUGAACCCUGGAUAGCUCGCAGCUCGGAUGGUUUCCGUAUAGUUCAUUUCGAAUUGAACGUCAACGUGAUGAUAUUUAAAUGAAAAUAUUCCAACAUCGCGCACGAAGGUACAGAUUUUAUACGUUGUAUCUGUAAUGAUCCAAGCUGCCGUUUAAAACUAUUGUCUCGGAUUCAUACCGUUCGAAUGAAUUCUCCUGGAAAUGAGAUUUCACAUAUAUUGGCUGCAGAAAUGCCAAUUGUUUUGCUGUUUGUUCUCCCACUGGAAUCUUGUUUCUGGGCAGAUUCGUUAUUCUGUUCCCGAGGAAUUGCAGCUGGGUGCCUUUGUCGGGAAUAUCUCAAUUGAUUUGGGCUUAGAUUUAAAGCAGCUCUCGACUCGCAGAACACGGAUGGCGCCCAGCCCGAGGAAGCAAUUUGUUGACGUAAAUUUGCAGAAUGGGAUUUUAUUUGUGAAUGAAAGAAUCGACAGGGAGCAACUUUGCGGGUCGAACACCGAAUGCAUUUUACCCUUGAACGUCGUGCUUGAAAAUCCCCUCAGUCUUCACCAGAUGGAAGUGGAGAUACUCGAUGUAAAUGACAACGCUCCCAGUUUCCCCAAAAGCCAGAUCCGCCUUGAAAUAUCGGAGAAUAUGGCACCGGGAGCGCGAUUCCCCCUCGAUUCCGCAUACGAUCCGGACAUUGGGACGAAUUCCUUGCAGGCUUACCAGAUCCUUCCCAGUGAAUAUUUCAUUCUUGAUGUACAGACACGCAGUAGGAAGGGGAAAAAUACCAGUGUUAGUGCUGCAGAGGGCCUUGGAUAGAGAAACAAUACCGGCCCACGAGUUAAUGCUCUUUGCAGAAGAUGGCGGAGUCCCUGUGAGAUCGGGCACGGUUCGAGUAACAAUCACGGUGCAAGAUAUGAACGACAACCAUCCU